GUAGAAUAAGCUUUGACAUCAUACAUGUCAAACUGAGCUCUCAAGUUUGUAUAAAGAGAAAUCUCCGAUCAUGUUUGGAGGAGAAUUCAGAUUGUGAGCGCCACUUAUCAUAAUGCGAAAGCUCGGAUAGAUUGAUGUAAAAAAGCUGACGCCACUUGGAAGCUCAAAAUGAUACAAAUUUGCUUUAUGCUGGCAUUCUUUGUGUAUCUUUUGCUCCGCGAGUAUUUUCUUCAAUUACUAGGAUGUCAAUGGCUCGUUUGGCUCGUUGCUCCGCCCCUCGCGUUUGUCGUAAAGCAGCAGUCUGACGGGAAUAAGGCAGAAAUAAGAGCGUCCAGGACUCGCCUCUUUCUCCAGGGCGCACACUCGGACCUCAGAGAACGCGGUUACGCACGGAGGACACUUGGCGUCUGGCGGUUGCGCGCACAUCCACGGGCUUGUGGCAGCUUCAGCAAACUCGCUCGCGGGCUGAACCAUGUCCUUUAGCCCCAAACAUUCAACUCCUUUCUCAGUGAGCGAUAUUUUGAGCCCGAUCGAGGAGACCUUCAAGAAGUUUGCAGCUAUGGAGAGCAGCGCGAGCCUGGCGUCUCCUCUGUACAGACAGACUCAGGUGUCUCAGGCGAACCUGCAGCAGCACAGCAUGAGCCAUAACACCUACCACAUGCCGCACUCUCAGUUCUCGCACAGCGCCAUGGGAGGAUACUGCAACGGGACUAUCGGCGCCAUGGGAGACCUGCCGUCCUACCAGGAGAGCAUGAGGAACGGCGCGACGGCGACGGCUUGGUACGGCUCGAACCCGGAGCCGAGAUACCCGACAAUCUCCAGGUUUAUGGGUCCCUCAGCGGGCAUGAACAUGGGAACAUUAUCGGGCAUGGAUGCAAGUAAAUCUAUGGUGACUUUACACGCGGCGCCGCGGAGGAAACGGCGCGUGCUCUUCUCUCAAGCGCAGGUGUACGAGCUGGAGCGGCGGUUUAAGCAGCAGAAAUAUCUCUCGGCACCGGAGAGGGAACAUUUGGCCAGCAUGAUUCACCUGACCCCGACCCAGGUCAAGAUCUGGUUCCAGAAUCACAGAUAUAAAAUGAAGCGCCAGGCGAAGGAUAAAGCGUCCCAUCAGCCGGACACCGGAAACCUGUGCGCGCAACAGUCGCCGAGGCGCGUGGCAGUGCCCGUGCUCGUUAAGGACGGUAAACCGUGUCAGAACGGGUCCAGCACGCCGACGCCCGUCCAUCAGCAGGUGCAGAACGUGAUGGGCAGUGAGACUUUAGCUUCAGCCGAGGAUCUGGAGGAAAUGUCGCCCAGUCCUCCUCUGAUGAACAGCCUCUCUCAGACUGACGCCGCGCUCAUCGAGUACACGAGCAGCAUGGUGAGCUCCAACCUGCUGUACGGCAGAACAUGGUGACAUCUCACCUCACCAGAGAAACGGAUCAAUAUGUGAAUUUCCACAGACCUUUUUUUUUUUAAAAAUAAUUUUUAAACAGCACUCGUCUGAUGCAGGACCCUCAUGUGAAUUGUAUGGAUUGUAACUCUAAAUCAUUAUUGAAUGAAAAGCUUCACGCGGAUGAGUGCGCGCGCGUGUGUGUGUGUGAUGAAGACUAGUUUAGUGUGAUGCCAUUAAUCCGACAUCGUUUUUGUUGCUUUGUAAAAUACAAGCUGUAGAUGAAAUGUUUUGUGUAAAUAUCUAACACUGGACAAAGAAUGCUUUCUUGAAGUCUUUUGUAAGUUUAAAAGGAAAACAAUAAAUAUGAGUGCUGCAAAUAUGAAAGAAAUCA